UUGUAAACAAUUUUACUGCUUCAAAAUUUUAUAUUAAAAACAAUUCCAAGUAAAAAAUAUUUUUUUUCAAUUUGAAAAUUACGAUCAGUUGAAAUAUUAUUGUGAUUUUAAAGACUUCAUCUUUUAAAUAAAAAUGGGAUUUUUUAAAUUUUUGGUGCUUUUCGUUUUCUGCACUUUUGUCGCAGUUAACUGCCAUCCUCCUGUUCAGAGAAAAAGCAGAAAGCUCCGCAUUGACCAGUAUCGACUUGACUCUUCAUCUAACAUACCUUUAAUAAUUAUAAGAUGCAUACAGGAAGUGGAAAACAGAGGAAUGAAUAAUAUAAACUUAUAUCAUGGUAUACUUAUGAAUGAGAAUGAAAAAAAUUUAUUCAGAGAAUUAAAACUUUCUAAUAAUGUCGAUUUAUCGCAAUAUUCACCUCUGACAUUUCCAAAAAUUAUCAAACAUUUUUUUAAGGAUUUACAGUCAACUUUGAUUGUUUAUUAUGUGUCUAAAGAAUUGUCACAAGCUGUAGAAUCAACAGUUCAUUUCAAAAAAUUAAAAGAACUGAUUAACGAACUUCCGCUUGUAAACCGAAAAACUCUUGCAUUGCUGAUGAUACAUUUAAAACGACUAGUUUUAAAAAAUAAAAAUAGCGCUUUACAAUCGGAAAUAAACUUAUAUUAUAGAAGCGCUAUUUUUUCUCAACAUACCCCUGCAGAUAAUCAGAGAAAAAUUUUUGAUGCUUUUUUUUCUCUUCCAUUCGAAUAUUGGAAUUCCAUUACUAAAUAUGCUUCAUUUAUCACGAUUCGUCAAGGAGAAAACUCGGCAAUAAAUGCUGAAGAUGAUAUGCGAAAUGAAGUGAAUAAUGUAUUAUCGUCAGAAGAUGUGUCAAUGCAGCAAAAUUCAGAUGAAAUGCAACCAGAAAUGCGCUUCAUUUCAAAUUAUGCACUUGACUCUUCAUUUAGCAUACCUUUAAUAGUUAAAAGAUGCAUACAGGAAGUGGAAAACAGAGGAAUGAAUGAACCAUUAUUAUAUUUUGAAAUUAGCUACGAAGAGAAUGGUAAAAAAUUAUUCACAGAAUUAACUAACAAUCACGUCGAUCUAUCGCAACAAAAUCCUCUGAUAAUUGCCGAAACUCUCAAAUUCUUUUUGAGAUUUUUAAAGUCACCUUUGAUUGUUCCUGAACUGAUUAAUGAAUUUUCACAAGCUGUAGAAUCAACAGUUGAUUUCGAAAAAUUGAAAGAACUGAUUAACAAACUUCCGCUUGUAAAUCGAAGAACUCUUGCAUUACUGAUGACACAUUUAAAACGAGUCUUAAAACAGAAUCACGUUUCACGAAUGCAAUUAAACAUAAUUUUUAAACAUCUUUUUUUUCAUUGUUAUGCGUCUCCAAAUAUUGCGGGAAUAAUUCUUGAUGCCUUUUUUUCUUUUCCAUUCAAAUAUUGGAAUUUAAUUACUAAUUAUACUUCAAUUAUCAAGAUUCGUCAAGAAGAAAACUCGGCAAUAAAUACUGAAGAUGAUAUGCGAAAUGAAGUGAUUCAUGUAUUAUCAUCAGAUGAAGAUGACACAAUGCAGGAGACUUCAGAUGAAAGACAACCACAAGCGGUAAAAAAUUAUUUAAUAUUUUUAUAACAAAAAAUAUUCAAUAUUCUAAACAUAUAUAUGAAAUAAUUUUUUAAUUUUUCAUUUUAAAUAAAAUUUCUCCUCUUUUUAUUCAAAUCAUAUUCCCCUAUUGAAAAUCCCCACAUGGGAAACCACAUGGGAAAUCACAUGGGAUCCUAUGUCAAAAACUAUGUAAAACCCCAUUCCCCAUAUGGGAAACCACAUGGGAUCCCAUAUAAAAACUCAUGGGAAAUUGGGACAGGAAUUGGCAUAGGAAAAUAUCAAAACGAGGUUCCUCCAUGUCAUUUCCUAUGUCAAAUCCCAUGUCAAAUAUCAUGUUAAAUACCAUGUUAAAUACUAAUUGAGAUCCUUUAUCACUUUUUUGAAAAAUUUUCCCAUGUCAAACCCCAUGUCAU